AUGCCAGACUCGCUUCGCUUUAAUACUACUCCAUCGGGAAGACAUGUGGGAAAAAAGCACAUCGUUAUCGUAGGAGCCGGAAUCAUCGGCGUUUGCACCGCCUACUAUAUUGUUCACCAUCCCAAAUUCGACUCGGAAAAGUACCAUAUAACCAUGAUCGAGAGCAAAAGAGUGGCUGGAGGAGCUUCUGGAAAGGCCGGAGGUCUUUUGGCACUUUGGGCAUUUCCCCAGCAAAUCGUGCCACUUUCGUUUCGUCUCCACGAAGACUUAAGCAACAAAUACAAUGGAAGUGAAGAGUGGGGGUACCGACGUUUGACCACAGUUUCUUUAGAGGGCGAUAUCUCACACAUAAAAAAUGACCCAGGGUCAGAUUCCGAUUCCGACUCAUUUAUCAACCCUACAAAUCACAGCGAUUCCGACCUGCUGAAACCUCCCAAGAAGACUUCGCGGAGCACCAGGAGCUCCAAGUCGAACAAUCUCCCUCUGGACCUCAAUUGGAUCACCUCGUCGUUAAUAUCGUCAUGCUCGUCUCUUGGCGGAACAGAUACUACGGCGCAAGUACAUCCCUACCAAUUCACCAAUUUUAUCUUGCGAAAGGCUGUAGAAGAUGCCAAUGGAGCGUUGGAACUAAUACUCGGUAAGGUGGACGAAAUCCAGUUUUCGUUGGAUUCCGGGGCUGCUACCGGAGUCACCUAUAAACCUACUAGUGCCAAGGCAAACGAAUCGUUUUCUAAUAAAGUUGUUGAGCUUGAAGCCGAUCUGAUCACAAUGUGCAUUGGUCCAUGGACUUCUAAGGUUCUACCAGAUUGUCCGAUUUCCGGUUUAAGGGCUCAUUCCAUCACCAUAAGUCCAUUCAAAGACCAACCGGUAUCACCAUAUGCCAUUUUCACUGAAUUGAAAACCGGUCCUUCCCUGUACACUUCACCAGAGAUUUAUGCCCGUAAGGAUGAGGUGUAUGUGUGUGGAGAAGGAGACUCGGCUGUAGAUGUUCCGGAAACCACAGAUGAUGUGGAAGUGGUCAAAUCCAAGUGUGAUGAACUUUAUGUGCAAGUUGCAAAAAUGUCUUCAAACUUGCGAAAGGGCACCAUCUUGAAACGUCAAGCAUGUUACUUGCCAGUACUUGAUAUACCAUCAAGCAGUGGACCACUUAUUGGUCCAACUAAUGUCAAGAAUUUGUUUCUCUGUUCGGGACAUUCUUGCUGGGGCAUCAAUAAUGCACCAGGUUCAGGAAAAAUCAUGAGUGAGAUAUUACUCGACGGUGAGGCCAAAUCGGCCAAGAUUUCAAGCUUGGACCCUUCGUUAUACUUUGAUGCAAGCGCAUUGUUGGACGAUGACAAGUCUGCUACAGCCUCGAUUGCAUCGAUAUCCUAG